UCCACCCACACUCUUCCCUGUGACCACACCCUGUAACCAGGACCCUCCUAAACUGCCUUUUGUAACGGACUCAUUGAAAAGACACACUUAUCUGUGGGAACCAGAGAGGUGGAGGUCCUUAGUGGGGGAGGAGUCAGCUGGGUCCAGUAAGAAAGGACACUGUUUAGUAUCAAGAGGCUAUAUGACCUCAGCAAAGCUCCUUACCAGGACGCAGCAGUCAGUCCCAGACACACAGCGCACACAAUAGCCUCUACAGUGCAGAAGCUCAGUGUGGAUCAUGGAGGAAGGACCUUACAAGUACAUCAGGGAUGGAAACGGCAAAGUUAGCCGAGUCAUUCGAGUGGGAACCCGCAAGAGCCAGCUGGCUCGCAUCCAGACGGACAGCGUGGCCGAAACGUUGAAGGAGCUGUACCCUGACAUCCACUUAGAGAUCGUUGCCAUGUCAACAACAGGAGACAAAAUCCUCGAUACUGCUCUGUCAAAGAUUGGUGAGAAGAGCUUGUUCACCAAAGAGCUGGAGAACGCCCUGGAGAGGAAUGAGGUCGACCUGGUUGUUCACUCCCUCAAAGACCUUCCCACCACUCUGCCCCCGGGGUUCACCAUCGGAGCUGUGCUGAAGAGAGAAAACCCCCACGAUGCAGUGGUGCUACACCCGAGCCAUGCAGGGAAGACUCUGGACACGCUGCCCGAGAACAGUGUGAUUGGCACCAGCUCGCUGCGCCGAGCCGCUCAGCUGAAGAAGAGAUUCCCCCACCUGGACUUCAAAGACAUCGUAUCCUUCUGAGAGCAGCCGCACUGUUCCUGUUCAUCAGCUGACGGUGGUUGUUCACGGCUCCCAGUAAGCUGCAUGUGUGUGUUUCAGGGGGCCCUGGCAGUGGAGGUUCGGGCCAGAGAUGCAGACAUCCUAGAGAUGGUGUCCAUCCUUCAUGACCCCGACACUGUGCUGCGCUGCAUAGCUGAAAGAGCCUUCCUCAGACGCCUGGAGGGUGGCUGUAGUGUCCCCGUGGCUGUGCACACCCAAGUGAAGGACUCCCAGCUGUACCUGACGGGGGCGGUGUACAGUCUGGAUGGCUCAAACAGCCUGAAGGAAACCAUGCAGGUCAGCAUCGCUGUGGGGAGCCAGAGCUCAGAAAAGGUGGACGAGCAGGUCCAGCGAGUGGGAGUCACGGCCAACAAGAUCCCAGGUGGCGUCCAGGACGAGGCCGAGAAGCUCGGCGUCGACCUGGCCGACUUACUGCUCAGCAAAGGAGCCAAGGAGAUCCUGACGGUGGCCCGGCAACUCAACGACGCCAGAUAGGUGUUCCUGGCUGACGGCGGGGCUCCAGAGCGUGCAGGCGGUCGCCACCUGAGCUCCAUCUGAUGUUGAUGUGCUGACUGUUUGCUGCGUGAGGUCAGGACCUGUGCUCAGGGUCAUUAUUAUCCGCUCGCUGAGAGUCCCCGCUGUCUCGGUUCCUGUGUUCUCACGCAGAGAACCUCGUGGAACCUGAGCCACGUUCAGGAAGAAACACACAGUGGCCUUCAGACAUUGUUGUCAACACUUAACAGCCUUUAAUCAUUUGUUCCUAAAGCUCAGACGCUUCAUCUGCUGUCGUCGCUCACAGCAUCUUCUCAUCUCGAUGGUGACGAGCGCUGUUCGUUAAGGCGGACUAUCUGCAAAAUUCAUGCUUAUGUUCACUCACCCAUUUGUUGCCAUCACGACAGAAGAGGUGACAGCUGUGGAGCGAGCUCAUCAGCAGAGAGCAUAUUUGAUCCACACACGGGGCUUCGGGGAGUCGACCUUUGAUGCCUUUAACAUUCGCAGUAAUGCACAUGUGUGGGUUUAAUAUGACUGCAGCUCUGAUUCUUCAUGCACUGUUGUCUCUUGUAGUGCUUUGCUGGCACAGGGAUGCACUGAUAUCCAUGCUUACUGAUGUGUGUCAGAGAUUUAAGUUUUCUCACAUUAGUCGACGUUCAGCGAUGAUGCAGAGCUGUAAGUUGAAGGAAGCUUCCUGUACGAGCUCUCAGACCCGUGCCUUCCCUGCUGGAGGCCGAUGAUGAGGAUGAACUGUGAG